CACUGCGACAGUGAGUGGCGUAAUAUGCUGUGGGAUGACCUGAAUGGCCGCUUGGUUGUCAUUGACCUAGAAGAUGUGGAAUGGUUGAAGCGCGCUAGGGCCCUUGAAUCCGUCUCUGCGAAUACGCGGCGUAUUCGCUGCGUCAGAGUGAUGAAAUUUAAGCCCGGCUUGGAAAGGGUGGAAAUUCCGCAACACGGCAGUACCUUGAGCUUGUAACAGUCUGUCCGAGAACGUUGCAAAGCAUUCCACGACAAGACGUUGUGCCUUUAUCUUACACCGAGUACUAAAUACACAUUCUGCAACACGAA